UUCAAUACCGUCCUAACAUCAACUCUUAUUACUCUCUCUACCACUCUAACCCCACUGAAACUUGUGCAUAUAUAUAUAUGCGCUCAUAUAUUGACAGUGAGUCUGAGUUGAGAGGCGAUGAAGAUGAUGAAGGGUUCAACGAAGCCAGUUUCAAGCCCCAGUAGAGCCCAGAAGUUUCCGCCGCCAUUGAUGAGGUUUCUGAGGAGCAAUGCCGGGAGCAAGAGCAAAGGGAGGUCGCGCUCACGCUCGUUGUUCAUGCGUAGGAAGAACACGGCGGCCGGCGUUGAGAUUUCCCAGGAGCCAUCUUCUCCCAAGGUCACUUGCAUAGGCCAAGUCCGGGUCAGAAGAUCCACCAAGUCCGCCGGAGGCGGCGUCAAACGCUCCGAGUCUCGCCGGAAAAAAAGUUCGCCCCCCUCCUCCUCCGAUCAACUCCCCUGUUGUUGGGCCCGCAAGACUCUGUUUUGCCAUGGAUUCUCGAAGAAACUCUGCAAACCCAGACCACUCCCCUCCUUGUUACGCCAAUGUGGACGGUUUUUCGGGUUCGGGUCUUGCAGGCGAGCCCACACCGCCGGUUCUCCGGCGGAGGAGAGCAGUGGCAGUGAAGAAAAUGGUGUAAAAAUCGAAGCUUUAGUCCAAGAAGAUAACAACAAUUUUCUUGGAUCUUCAUCUUCACCACCCAAGAAUGCUUUGCUUUUAACCCGGUGUAGAUCUGCUCCAUAUAGAUCUUCAUCGCUGGCUUGUAGGUUCUGGGGUUCGCCAUUAAAGCCCCCCACACAAACAGAUGAUUCCGGGAUUGAAUCCAAGCAUUUGCCUCAAACAUUACUACUACUCAUCCAAGAAAAGCCCACUUCUUCACCAGAUUGUGGAAACGCAGAAGCUCUGGAAUCAGGGAGGAGCCAAGAAAGUGAAGAUUUUGGGAGCUCAAAUGGUGAAAAAUGCAGAGAAGAAAGUCCUCAAGAACCCAGUAAUAAAGUCCACCCAUUGUUGCUCACAAGGUGCAAAUCUGAACCAGCAAGAACAGGGGAAAGACUCGUUCCAGAUGCUGGUUUCUGGAAACUAAGAAGAUUUGCAGAGCCCCAGCUUCAUUGAUAGACAUCACAAUUAUGAAUUACUUUUUGUUUAUAUUUACUGGGUAUAAUAUUUCUGUACUAAUUUUGUUUACCCAAAAUCUUAAAGAAAAAAUACAGUAAUAAUCAAGUCAGAUAAUAUGUUAAGAUUC